AUGGGGCUGACCCCCACCUUGCCCCCCCCGCCCCCAGCGCUGCCGUGCCCGGAGGGGGAGCCGCCCUGCGAGAACGGGGGGCUCUGCGUGCUGGACCCCCAGGGCCGCCCCACAUGUCUGUGCCAGCCGUGGGCGCGGGGGGAGCGGUGUGAGCUGCGGGACCCCUGCCCCCCCCCGGCCUGCCCCCCCGGGGGGCUCUGCCACAGCACCCUGCGCCAGGGCGACCCCCGCCGUCCCGACUGCCCCCCCCAGGAGACCCCCCCCUGCGCCCCCUCCCCCUGCCUGAACGGGGGCAGCUGCCGCCAGCUGGGGGGGGGCGGCUUCGACUGCGCCUGUCUGCCCGGUUUCGAGGGUCCCACCUGCGAGACCAACGUGGACGACUGCCCCGGGCACAAAUGUCUCCACGGGGGCACCUGCGUGGACGGGGUCAACACCUACAACUGCCGGUGCCCACCCGAGUGGACGGGCCAGUUCUGCACCGAGGACGUGGACGAGUGCCAACUGCAACCCAACGCCUGCCACAACGGGGGCACCUGCUUCAACACCCGCGGUGGCCACACCUGCGUCUGCGUCAACGGCUGGACGGGCGAGAGCUGCAGCGAGAACAUCGACGACUGCGCCACCGCCGUCUGCCUCAACGGGGCCACCUGCCACGACCGCGUGGCCUCCUUCUACUGCGCCUGUCCCAUGGGCAAGACGGGCCUGCUGUGCCACCUGGACGACGCCUGCGUCAGCAACCCCUGCCACAAGGACGCCAUCUGCGACACCAACCCCGUCAACGGCCGCGCCAUCUGCACCUGCCCCCCCGGCUUCACCGGCGGCGCCUGCGACCAGGACGUCGACGAGUGCUCCAUCGGUGCCAACCCCUGCGAGCACUUUGGGCGCUGCGUGAACACGCAGGGCUCCUUCGAGUGCCGCUGCGGGCGGGGGUACGCGGGGCCGCGCUGCGAGAGCGACGUCAACGAGUGUCUGUCGGGGCCCUGCCGCAACCAGGCCACCUGCCUGGACCGCAUCGGGCGCUUCACCUGCAUCUGCAUGGCCGGGUUCAGCGGGCCCCUGUGCGAGCUGGAGGUGGACGAGUGCCAGAGCAGCCCCUGCGCCAACGGCGGCCGCUGCCACGACCUGGUCAACGGCUUCUCCUGCUCCUGCCCCCCCGGUUUCUCGGGCCCCACCUGCCAGACGGACAUGGAUGAGUGCGCCAGCACCCCCUGCCGCAACGGCGCCAAGUGCCUCGACCGCCCCAACGGCUACGAGUGCCGCUGCGCCGAGGGCUUCGAGGGGCCCCUCUGCGAGCGCAACGUGGACGACUGCUCGCCCGACCCCUGCCACCACGGCACCUGCCUGGACGGCGUCGCCAGCUUCUCCUGCGCCUGCGCCCCCGGCUUCACCGGCCACCGCUGCCAGCUCCAGCUGGACGAGUGCCACAGCAGCCCCUGCCGCAACGGCGGCAAGUGCAUCGACCGCAUCGACGCCUACCAGUGCAACUGCCCGCCCGGCACCGCCGGUGUCAACUGCGAGGUGAACCCCGACGACUGCGCCAGCGCCCCCUGUGUCCACGGCGUGUGCCAGGACGGCAUCGGGCGCUACCUCUGCCUCUGCCAGCCCGGCUUCACAGGUCCCCGCUGCGCGGUGGAGAUCGACGGAUGCUCCUCGGAGCCCUGCCAGGAGGGUGGCACCUGCCUGGCCGGCGCCAACGGCUUCACCUGCCUCUGCCCGCCAGGGGCCCGCGACGCCCGGUGCCGCCCCAGCACCCAGCCCUGCCGCAGCAGCCCCUGCGCCCACGGCGCCUGCCGCGCCCACGGGGACGGGUUCACCUGCGAGUGCCAGGCGGGCUGGGGGGGCCCCACGUGCGCCCGCCGGGAGGAUCCCUGCGCCCCCCGGCCCUGCGCCCACGGGGGCACCUGCACCCCCGCGGGGGGGGGCGGCUACCGCUGCGCCUGCCCCCCCGGCUACCAGGGUGCCCGGUGCCAGGUGGAGGUGGACGAAUGCGCCUCGGGGCCGUGUCACCACGGGGGGACCUGCCUGGACGGCGCUGGCACCUUCCGCUGCCUCUGCGCCCCGCCCUUCACAGGACGCGGGUGCGAGGUGACGCUGGCCCCCUGCUCCCCCAACCCCUGUGACAACGGCGGCGUCUGCGUCCCCACCCCCGACUAUGGGGGCUUCACCUGCCGCUGCCCCCCCGGCUGGCAAGGCGAGCGCUGCGGGCAGGACGUGGACGAGUGCGGGCAGAGCCCCUGCCUGCACGGGGGGGUCUGCGCCAACCGCCCCGGCACCUUCGGCUGCCUCUGCCCCCCCGGCUACGGGGGGGCCACCUGCCAGCACGACCUGGACGACUGCCACCCCGACCCCUGCCUGAACGGGGGCACCUGCCGGGACGGGGUGGGGACCUUCUCCUGCUCCUGCCCCCCCGGGUUCGGGGGCCCCCGCUGCGCCGCGGAGGAGGACGAGUGCCGGGGGGGCCCCUGCGGCAACGGGGGCACCUGCACCGACUACGUCAACAGCUUCACCUGCACCUGCCCCCCCGGCUGGACCGGCCCCCGCUGCCAGCACGACGUCCCCGACUGCACCGACAGCUCCUGCUUCAACGGCGGGACCUGCGUGGAGGGCGUGGGCUCCUUCUCCUGCCGCUGCCGGCCCGGCUUCACGGGCGCCCACUGCCAGCACCCGGCGGACGGGUGCCGGGGGGGGCCGUGCCUGCAGGGGGGCACCUGCCUGGCCCUGGGGGCCACCUUCCGCUGCCUCUGCCCCCCCGGCUACACCGGCACCCAGUGCGAGACCCCGCAGGACCUGUGCGGGGGGGCCGGGUGCCAGCACGGGGGGCGCUGCCUGCAGCGGGGGGGCUCCGUCACCUGCCUCUGCCCCCCCCCCUGGACCGGGCCCCGCUGCGACGUCCCCAACGUCACCUGCGCCGCCGCCGCCGCCCACAGAGGCGUCCCCGUCUCCCAGCUCUGCCACGGGCGGGGCCGGUGCGUGGGGGCGGGGGCGGGGGGGCACCGCUGCCUCUGCCGGGGGGGCUACGGGGGCCCCCACUGCCAGACCCCCCCCGACGGCUGCCAGCCCAACCCCUGCCUGCGCGGCGCCUGCCGCAGCUUCGCCGGGGGCUACGAGUGCGAGUGCCCGCCGGGCUUCGCGGGCCGGGAGUGUCAGCUGGAGGUGGACGAGUGCCAGUCCCAGCCCUGCCAGAACGGGGGCACCUGCCUGGACCUCGUGGGACGCUACCUCUGCUCCUGCCCCCCCGGCACCCUGGGCGUCCUGUGCGAGAUCGACGAGGACGACUGCGCCCCCCCGGGGGGCCCCCACCCCCCCCUCUGCCAGCACAACGGCACCUGCCUGGACGGGCUGGGGGGGUUCUCCUGCGCCUGCCCCCCCGGCUACACGGGGCCCCGCUGCGAGGGGGACAUCAACGAGUGUCACAGCCGGCCCUGCCACCCCCCCGGCACCCGCGCCUGCGUCCAGGGCCCCAACGCCUUCCGCUGCCUCUGCCGGCCCGGCUACACCGGUGGUUUCCCCCGCCGCGGCUAA